GUUCUGCACGUGUUGUUUGUAAUCAUGCCAAAGUCGAAGAGAAACAAGAUUGUUUCAUUGACAAGAACGAAGAAGAAAGGCCUCGAAACGAAAUCUGGCUUGAUCAAAGAGAUACAAGAAUGUGUAGAUCARUACAAAAGUCUGUAUGUGUUUUCAGUGGAAAAUAUGAGAAAUAGUAAACUAAAAGAUGUUAGAGAAMAAUGGAAACAUAGCAGGUUUUUCUUUGGUAAAAAUAAAGUAAUGAUCAUAGCUCUUGGAAAGAGUGCAGAAGAUGAAUACAAAGAAAAUUUACGUGAAGUCAGCAAGAGAUUAAAGGGUCAAUGUGGUUUGUUAUUUACCAAUCAAUCAAAAGAAGAGGUUACCAGUUGGUUCAAUGAAUAYAGCACAAUGGAUUAUGCAAGGUCUGGUAACAAAGCACUUUAUGAUUUUACACUUGAUGCAGGUGUUGUGACUUUAUUGAAUGACUAUCCAGUAUGCAAAGAAGGAGAUGUUUUGACCCCAGAACAAGCAAGGAUCCUGAAACUGUUUGAGAAUCCAAUGGCAAAAUUCCACAUCAGCGUACUGUGCACAUGGAAUAAUAAUGGUACAUUCGAGGAAAUGACAUAAAGACAAAGUGGACUUUUAGUAUAAACAUUUUAUUGAAUAUCAGCAAGAUAAAUCUCUUGAUAAUGAUUUUAAAAUGAAGCUGUCCUUGAAAGUGUAAUAACUGCAAAAUACUUUUUAUUUACAUAUUAAAGAACACCCAUUCAUUUGGAUAUACUCUCA